ACAAUUUCUAGUAUACUAAAUCACUUAUGAACAUAUAAAGCAAAUUAUAUGGAAUUUCUAGUAACCUUUUAAAUGAUUCAAAGUACAAACUAGAAUAAGAGCUUGCAAACACACACACAUACAAUGAAUAAAAACUAUUCGAGAACAUCAUGGGAAAACGAAAUAAACGAUGUCAGUAUUCUUCUUGGUUCAAUUAUAUCAAGGCGCGAAAUGCUGGAACAGUCCCAAAAUGCGGCUAAAAUUUUAUUUCCCUCAUGUUGGUUAGCUGAACUGGUUAUAUCAAAUAAACAUCAACCAUCAGUAAACUGUCCUCUUGAAGUACUUAUUCGUGAAAUCAGAAACUCAACUGAUCAAGAGAUUAGUGUUAAAGAAGUAACAACAAGUUUUAUUACUCAAUUAGCAUCUGUUAGCAAAAUUCAAAAUCAGUCAAACUUCAAUACAACGAAUAACAAUCAGCACAUGAUAUCAUUCGAGUUGAAUAAAGACAAUAAAUAUGGUGAAUAUGUUACUCAUUUUGUUAUGAUUUUGGAAUCACUACCGAAAGCUCACCUUCACAAGGCACAACUGCUCAAAGAUCAGCUUUCGUCUACACUGAAUCGAAUUAUUCGUCUGGAACAAUUUAAUGAAUUCUCAUCAACUUCACCACUUUUAAAGCAAAGAUAUCCAUGUUGUAGUCAGGGUACAGAAGCUUCAACAUGGAUAAGUCGUGAAGAUAAUGCGUUGAUUCUUAAGCUUUGUGAGUCACUUUGGGAUAAAGAAGCGAAUCGUUUACAACAUAAAGUUCUUAGAUAUAUAAUGGAGCGUACAAAUUCAGAAAAUGGUUUUAUUGUGAUGCGAAAUAUUGACACUUCAGAGUUGGUUUGUCACUGUACUGGAAAUGAAAUAUUCGAUGAAUCUACAUAUAUUGAGAAUGAUAGUUUUUUUAAUGAAAUAAUGCAAUCAAGAAAAACAUUUAAAGCAACACAUUUAAAUUCAGAACAAGAACAUACUUUAUUAUCUAUUCUGUCAGUUCAUAAUGCAUACAUGAAUAAUGAGAAUUAUAUAACUAAUCAAAAUGCAGAUAUUCAAAUUCAUUCAGUUCUAUGCAGUCCAGUGUUUACUCGUUCUAGUGAUAACCCUAUUGCAGUCGUUUGUUUGAUCAAUAAAAGAGAUUCUCAAUUUACACAAUCAGACGAGCGUAUUAUCGAAGAAUGUUUUCGUUUUGUUGCACCUAUCCUCUUAAGCUCAUUGGCAUAUCAAAACGAACGAUACAUAAGAGAUAGAACUGAAGAUAUGCUUAAAGUUGCAAGAAAUAUUUUCACUCACAUGAUGGAUUUAACAAAUCUUUUAUUGAAAAUAAUGCAAGAAGCUCAAAAUUUAACCAAAGCUGAAAGAUGCUCAGUGUUUUUACUUGAAUCAGAAACUAAUGUAUUAGUUGCAAAAGUAUUAGAUGGAUUACCGACAGCUCCUAAUAAAAAUACACGUUUUACAACAGCAGAUGGCAAAACUGUUACAUUACCAGAAGAAAUUCGACUAAGUUUAAAUCAAGGCAUCGCUGGAUAUGUAGCUACAACCGGUGAAUUGUUAAAUAUUAAGGAUGCCUAUGCUCAUCCACUUUUCUAUCGUGGUGUUGAUAAAGAAACUGGAUUUCGUACAAGGAAUAUAUUGUGUUUUCCAAUAAAAAAUGAAAAAGAUGGUAUAGUUGGUGUUGCACAAUUAUGCAAUAAAAUAAAUCACCCUUUUUUCACAAGAGCUGAUGAAGAUGUAGCUAAAACAUUUUCAAUUUAUUGCUGCAUAAGUAUAGUACAUUCGUUAAUGUACAAAAAUGUUCAAGAUGCACAACACCGUACUAAAUUGGCUAAUGAACUUAUGAUGUACCAUAUGAAGGUGGAUGAAGACAGAAAGAAUUGGUUAUCCACUUGUGAAAUUAAAGAUAUCAAUACAUUUCUACCUAAUACAAGUUCUUUUGAAUCUUUACCAAGAAAUAUUCAACCUGAAAAUGAAACAUAUCUCUGUACAUUAAGCAUGUUUCAUAGCUUGAAUUUAAUUAAUCGUUGGCGUAUUUCACGGAGAACACUGGCUCAAUUCAUUCUGAUGGUUCGCCGUGGUUACCGUACUCCAGCUUAUCAUAACUGGAUGCAUGCAUUUUCUGUUGCACAUUUUGUUUAUGUCUGUAUUAAAAACUUACCAUUAGCCAAUAAUCAAUUGGAUGAUAUUGAAAUAUUGGCAUUAUUUGUAGCAUCAUUAUGUCAUGAUAUUGACCAUCGUGGAACGAACAACAGUUUUCAGGUCCAAUCUAAAUCUGUAUUGGCUGCUUUAUACAGUUCAGAAGGUUCUGUUUUAGAAAGGCAUCAUUUCUCCCAGACUAUUUGUGUAUUAAACACAGAGGGAUGUAAUAUUUUUGAAAAUGUUUCAAAAGAAGAUUAUGGUCAGUUGUUAGAUCAUAUUCGUGACAUUAUUCUAGCAACUGAUUUGUCACAUCAUCUUCGUAUAAUGCCGAAAUUGGAAGAACUAUCUCAUCGAGGAUAUGAUGGAACGAAAUCAGAGGAUCAUUACCUUCUUUUAUGCCUCUUAAUGACUUCAGCUGACUUGAGUGAUCAAACCAAAUCUUGGAACAAUACAGUUUAUGUCGCAAAAUUAAUUUAUGAAGAAUUUUUCCAACAAGGUGAUAUGGAGAAAUCAUUAGGACAUAAUCCAGUUGAUAGUAUGGAUAGAGAACGAGCAUGUGUGCCACAUUUACAAAUCUCUUUCUUGGAUUAUAUAAUUACACCACUAUACAAGUAGGUUUAAUUCGUCAUUUACCGAUAUAGUCUAUUACGUAAUGAGUGUUACCUUUGUCAUCUAUGUAUUCCAAACACUAUUUUCAUUAUGAUUUUAAUGUUCCGACCAUUAUUUCUUGAUGAAAAUUUACAAUGUUGUCACUACUAGGAUUUGCUAUGUUCACAGCCAUCAACCCUAUUACUUUCAUGUGCUUAUUUUCUGAAAACACAUUGUACACAAUUAUUCUUAAGCAAUUAAUGAUAACAUGUUUAAAAAGUAAAUCCAGUUACUCUAGGAUACAUUUGUACUUUAGUUUUUGUUGAAAUAUUCAUGUUCAUAUAUGUUGUUGACUGCUAUCAUUUCACCUGUCUUACACGAGAGUGAUAUUCUGUUCUCUAGGUAUUCUCAUAUCAAUCCAACUAAUCUUUCUCAGUUUGAUCAUAUUGAUAGCUUCAAUAGUAUAGAUAUGUUUAAUACAAGUUCAAACAAAAAACAUACAGUUUAAAGGUAAUAAUUUCCACUGACUUGUUUUGCAAUGUCUAGGUUUUAUAUUAAUCUAAUCGUUCACUGUACAGGAAAUAUGCGAUCAUAAUUUGAAGCUUAAAAAAUGUAAAAAGACAAUUCGAGCUAUGAUAAACAGGAUCUUAAAAAUAAUGUCUAAGUAAAUGUUGCGAAAUUUCGACAGAAUGAUUAAAUUUUGUAACAGAUGAAUAUUGUAAUAAAAAAUCUCACAUUUUUGUAACGUUUAUUUCCCAUAACCAUAGGGUACUGAACAAUUUAUAUCCACAAUGCUCAAGUAUUUUAGAUACUAUUGAGAAAAAUCGUGAUAACUGGAAAAUUAUUCUUGAACUUGUCGAAAAAGGUUAUAUUAAAGGUAAUGGUUCGGAGAUUUUCAAUCAUAAUCUUAUUGAAAUACUGGCUCAGUUACAAGUGAAAUCAGCAACGGGACCAAUCUCAGUAUCCUUAGCACCUUCAGUUGUACAACCACUGUCAUCAUCUUCAUCAUCAUUAAAACCAGAUAAAUAAAAUUAGUCAUUUCGUAUGAUGUAAAUUAACUUAAAAAGAUGCUUUUCCUCUUUCUUAUUAUGUGUAGAUUAUCAAACAAUCCUUCAUUUCCUUUUUUAAUCUGACAAAUAUAUCUAUUCUAGUGUAGGUGUAUAUAAAUCAGCUGAUCAAAAAUAAACAUAUUAAAAAGUAA